CUUCUACCUGGUGCAUACUGUCUCCCAAAGAUGCUAGCAAGAGGCCGGGAGAUCCUCCGGAGAUCCACACUGCCGGGAGCAACAUGGCUCAUGUGGGAGCGUGGUCCAUGCUCCCACCAACAUUAGAGGAUCACCUGGAGGGGGAGAUUAGAUAUAUCAGGAUGACUGUUUGAACAAAGGACACUUGGCAUUCAUCUCUCUCCAGCAUGUCCCUCUGUGCAUCAUCUCACAAGGAGUUUUCUCAGUUACCACCAAUUCAAGAUCUUGGAUGUAGCAAAGCAGAAGCGAAAAGCUCCCUCUCCGGCCUGAGCUCUCCUUCUGUCCCUUUCAGCUGCAGCCAGUCUGCCUUGACUGUGGAGCACAGUCCGAUUUACAUUCCGUCAUCUUAUAUGGAAAACAGGCAUGAGUAUUCAGCCAUGGCGUUCUACAGCCCUGCAAUGAUGAACUAUAACAUUCCGGGCAAUUUCGGCGAUUCGGAAAGUGCUGCUCUACGGCAGACGGCGAGCCCGAGCAUGUUGUGGUCUGGUUCUGGCCACAUCUCGCCACUGACUUUGCACUGCCAGUCAUCAGUUUUAUAUGCAGAGCAACCCAAGAACCCAUGGUGUGAGGCAAGGCCUGUGGAUCAUGUCCUCCCUAUGCACAGAGAGACACUGAAAAGGAAAGCCAAUGGCAGUGACUGUACCAGUCCCAUUACAAACAGUCCGGGCUCAAAAAGAGAUGCACACUUCUGUGCUGUAUGCAGCGAUUACGCCUCGGGGUAUCACUACGGUGUUUGGUCCUGUGAAGGUUGUAAAGCAUUCUUCAAAAGAAGCAUUCAAGGACACAAUGAUUAUAUUUGCCCAGCUACAAAUCAGUGCACCAUAGAUAAAAACAGGCGCAAAAGCUGCCAGGCCUGCCGUCUCCGAAAAUGCUACGAAGUUGGGAUGAUGAAAUGUGGUUCAAGAAGGGAGCGCUGUGGGUAUCGUAUCAUACGCCGGCAUCGUAAUUCAGAAGACCCGGUGCACUGCGUAAGCAAAGGGAAAAAGAACAAUGAGAAUAUCAUCCAAGUGCAUGAGGUCCUUGUUAAUGCACUCACCCCAGAACAGUUUGUUUCAAUAUUACUAGAAGCGGAACCACCGAACGUGCUGGUGAGCCGUCCCAGCAAGCCAUUUACGGAAGCUUCCAUGAUGAUGUCCUUGACUAAACUUGCAGACAAAGAACUGGUCCACAUGAUUGGCUGGGCCAAAAAAAUUCCUGGCUUCAUAGAGCUCAGUCUCUAUGAUCAAGUGAGGCUUUUGGAAAGUUGUUGGCUGGAAGUGCUAAUGGUGGGUCUGAUGUGGAGAUCCAUUGAUCAUCCUGGCAAGUUAAUCUUUUCACCAGACCUUGUGCUAGACAGGGAAGAGGGAAAAUGCGUGGAAGGAAUUUUGGAAAUCUUUGACAUGCUUUUGGCUACAACUUCAAGACUCCGAGAGCUGAAACUGCAGCACAAGGAAUAUCUGUGUGUCAAGGCUAUGAUACUUCUCAAUUCCAGCAUGCUCCCACUAUCAUCCACUACAGAAGAACCAGAGAACAACAAGAAACUGCAUCACCUGCUAAAUUCAGUUACAGACGCCUUGGUGUGGGUCAUUGCAAAGAGUGGGAUCCCUUUGCCCCAACAGACAACCCGCUUGGCUAACUUGCUGAUGCUGCUUUCUCAUGUCCGACAUGCAAGCAACAAAGGGAUGGAGCACCUUCUUAGCAUGAAGUGUAAGAACGUCAUCCCAGUCUACGAUUUGCUGUUGGAGAUGCUCAAUGCUCACACUGUCCGCAGUCACAGAAAAACUCCAGGCUCCAAUCCUGAGAUUAGCCCAUCAGAACAAACAGAGACUACAGAUGGAGCACUGCAGUGAUUUUAACAUGAUGUGGAAGAUCCAGGAAAGUACAAAGAAAACAGAUUAAGGUUAAAUGUUUGGGUUAUUUCUUUCAUUCCCUGCCCGCCCCCGACCUUUUUUUUCUUCUUCAAAGAAGAGACCAAUCUUGAUUUUUCUCCUGUAACUUUAAUAAUUUUUAUUGGACCUCAUACGGAUCUUUGUAAAUGAGCAGCCUUUGUGUCUGUCAGAUGAUGAGACUGUUUUGGAAAGCCUCACAGUUUGAGUUGAACAAUCUGCCUAUGAUUGUGGCUUUAUCAAAUGUUGCACUUUUGGAGUGCCUUCUAGAGGAGACUGUUGAAGCGCCUUUUGAGCCUUAAUCUUCUUGGUAUCCUAGCUGGGAAAUAGAGAAGCCUUUUUUAGAAGGGGAGAAACGGUUGGACAUACACAAAUCUAGCGCCUCUUUGCAACUCCAUGGUGGGGUAGAAAACAGGAGGAACUUCUUUUCAGAUGUCACUGAGUGGUUUAACAUCCAUGUGAUGCAUUUCAUCAAUGCUUCGACGGAUGGCAUGUGCUGUGCAUUGUAGUAGACAGGAAGGAUCCUUGUUACAAUACAUGCUAUUCAACUUAUAGAGUUAACUACAAACGAUGUGAAUGUGUUUACCCUUUGUGAAAAGACACCUUGGAUAAACAGGGGAACAUGGAGCAGAACCUCAUAUUUAACCAAGAGGCCUGGAGAGCUUGUAUCUGAAUCUGUUUUGACCAUAUGGACUAGAAGCAUUUUUUUAAAAAGCUUCAGUUUGUAUUGACCAUUGUCUGAGCAUUGGCCAUGGUUAAUCUCUAUGUCCAGACACCUGAGUGGCUGUUAAGCUUGUCCUUUUUGUUUUCUUCUGUGAGCUUUUUCAGUGUAUUACUACUGAUGUGGAGGAAUUAUUACUGUGAAUAUUUAGAAUUUGUGAAUAAUGAUGAUAUGUUUAACCACAGAAGUUCAAGAUAAUAAUGGCGGUUUUAGGUGGAUAAGGAAAGCAAGGCCAAGCCUCUGUAGCAGUUUCCAUCCCACAGAAGGAGAGAUAUGGAACAGGAGAGAAAAUGUGUUUUGGCUAGAGCAUGCCCAGAUAGGAACUUCAUGCUCUCCCAUGUGCCAGUGCAUGGGCUCCAGUGCUCAGACAAGCUCUCCCAGUAGAACAUGCUUCCCAUUCACUUAAAUGUAGGAGGCAGCUCUGCAUACAUAAAGCAACAUGUGCAGAGCUGACCCUUUUAUUGGUGUUAAUGCAGAAGCGUGCAAACAACAGUGCAUGCAUCAAUCUGGAGCUUGUGGAGUUAAGUGCAAAAUGUGUGAAUGUGUUCACAAGGCAUAAAGAGCCUGGAGCAUGUCUUCAGAUGGAAUUGAAAGAUCAUGGAGAAAUUCUGUCCAAUUCAAGGAAUGACUCGUAGCCCUGCAGAGGCCUAGAGCCUACCACUUCCCCCUGUGCCUCUCCUUUGGUGUGGAGCAGGCCUCCCUCUGGUGUCUGCCAAUCCUCAGCAGCCUCCUCCUUCCAUUCUCACCUGAAAACUGCCAGUUUGGUCCUGCACAUCAGCUUGAACAGUGGCUCCUGCUGCUUUUGUGGUGUGUCCAGUUCCAUUCUGGUGAAUAUGUGUAUCUUCUUUCAACACAUUUAGGGUGGGUUGGGGGGCAUGCACACCCGCAGUGAGGCCCCAAUAGGAGUUGUAUCUAUCAGCAGCAUGGUAUGUGAUCAUACAGGGAUGGGCAUCCACAGGACUUUUCCCAAGUGGGGCGUGAGACAACAAUCCUAACCCCACCUCACCCUGGCACUGGUGUAACAAGGUCAACAAGGGCCUGUGUUCAAAUAGUGAUCAUGGGAGCCCCCUCAAUUUUUGUCGUGGCACCAUUAGGUGCCGCAGUAGUUUUUUACAUGUUAUUUUUGCAACAGCAGUGGCCACUGUAGCCACCACCAAGCAACAGCUGCUCCUGCUGCCACCACCCUCUACCAGUGCCCAGCAGUGCCCACUAACCAUCGACUCCAUAUCCUCCUCCUCCUCUGCUGCCUCUGCCGCCACUGGCAUCUCCUCCACAUCUUCCAGCUGGCAUCUCCUCCAGCUCUUCCAGCUUCUAGAUGGGAAAUGGCAUGUGCACACCCACUGCCAUUUCUCAAUGGCUUUUCACCUGCUGGGUGUGGGCUAUUUAGUUCCUCUGCUUCCGGCACCAGGAGUCAAAAGUGGUGGUGGUGGUGGCAGGGGAGGAGGAGGAGGUGGUGGUGGUGGUGGAAGCAGUGACUAGCUCUGUUUCUGCUCCCUGAAAUUAUGCCCCAUUGAAUUUAAUAGGGACUGACUGAAUCCUGGUGCAGGUGGGGUGGAGAGUGCCUUCUCUUGCCCCAUUGGAUGCUCAUGCACACAGGCUGUCCUUACUGGAGCUUGGUGGGAACAGCUAGGGAAGCACUACCCGCCAUACCAGUCAAGGCAGCGUGGAAAGCACACCUUCUACAAAAAUGUUCCUUCAUCUCACAGUAACAUCAUAUGCUCAUUGGCUGACCCUUACUUGUAUCUAUCUUAACUCUUAUCUUGUUGAUUCUAUAAAAGUUGCAGUCGGGAAACAUUUUA